AUGAAAUGCCAUGCCCAAAAGAACGACAAAUCGACUCCUGCCAAUGCUUCCUCAAGGAGGAACACCAUCUCAGAGGGCGUUCCACCUCAGCCUUCCCAGGAUGAGUUCAACAUCAACUCUCCUGGCGCCCUUGCCAAUGGGCCCCAUACGGGGAUCCCCUUGAUGCAGAUUCUCUCUCCCAGUAACUACCUCUCUCAGACUGGGAAUGAUCCUUCUCAAUCUGCCAGACAAUCUUCGAUAGAUGUGUCUAACCCUUUUCUCGAUGCCUCGUCGAAUCCCAGCAAUGCUCUUACCAUACAGCUGCCUGGGUCGGCGUGGACGAUGCCUUCCCCCAUUACCACCUUGAACAACAAGACCUCGACUUCCUCACAUGCCCAGAAACAGUCUCCAUCGCAGAAUAGUGGUGAAGUAUCAACCUUUGAAACUUCGGUCACCAGCCCCCAUAACAACCAUGGGCAGACUCCCAGAUCUGAGAUCGCGCCCAACCAAUUUUCCGACAGCCAUAUUGAGUGGCUUCCUCAGACGGACAAUUCCAGCACCAGUAAUUUCCACGAUCCUUUUCAGAUGUGGUUGUUUCCCUCCUUGGGCGACUUGGAUCAAUCUCCGGACUUCCUGCAAACCUAUGGCAUCCCUGAUCCUCAACAGCCAUACCAAGAUUCGAAAGAUAUGGUGAAUGGCAGGGCCUACGACCCUGUGGACAGGACGAAAAAUAUCGCCAAGGUCCCUCGGGAACGCUUCUCUAGGGUGCAGCGAUGCUGGAAUCCACGUCCAGGUCGCGUCCAUCGCAUCAUGCCAGUGCUUUGGAGAGAAGUUGCUUCAUCGCCAAUGGACAACCUUUUCUCCGAGUCGCCUGUUGCAGAUGACUUUCGGACCGCGUCGAACUGGGGUCUCGAUACUGAUUGCAGAGUUCGAUUGAGGGACACAUUCCGUACCCCCGCUCCGUCGGCAUACCACUCGCCUAAACUGCAAGCAGUCGUCGAUCCAGCUCUCUCAUCUCAACAGCCAGCGAACGAAGAGUUCCCUCCCGCCGAGAUACUUGAUAUCGCACUAGGCCUUUUCUUCCGUCGAUUUCACCCUACUGUCCCCUUUAUUCAUAUUGCGACGUUCUCCGUUCGAAAUACUCCUGCACCAAUGCUGUUCGCCAUAUGUCUUAUUGGUUUGAGCAUUCUGGGGACCACCGGCGCCACCAGAUUUGUGUCCAAGAUGUUCCCCAGCUUUUUACAACGUGUUUGUAAUGAUUUAUCGGCCUGUGCGGGAUUUUCUGCCACGCCGACGCAACAGAUGGUCCUGUUUGCAACGGGUCUGCUGACGCUGAACUUAUCUGUUAUCACUGGAGACAAAGAUUGCUUUAAUCAGAGUCAGAUGCUGUAUGUUAGUCUGUUGGCUAUGGUCCAGCAGAACGGGCUGUUCGCGGCCGGUGAUGGGCAGUCUCUCGACGUGCUUCUGUCCGAAAUGUCCGAAUCCGAUGAUCGUUGGAAGGCGUGGAGCAGGAUAGAGUCGGCGAAGCGUCUGAUCCUCGGACUGCUACUAUGUGAUUCAUGGUACUCGAACUUGUUGUCAAAGGCACCGAUCGUGCGAUCGGAAUCCGUCUGCGUCGUGGCGCCUUGUGAUGAAGCCCUCUUCCAAGCGAAAUCCGCGACCCAAUGGCAAUCGCUGCUUCGCAGUGGUAAGAGCCAGAGUGCUCCAACCUUCAGGAUUGAAGACCUGCACAAACAAGAUAUGGCACCAAUUGGGAACUUAGGAUACCUGGGCCGGUCAUCACUACUCGCAUUGCUCCAGAUCCAAGUUCUGGAAGCUUAUCAACGGCUUAUGCCUUCGGAUCAAUUGACUAUUGGGUCAUACAUACCGUGGCACGUCUACGCCGGCGAUGCACGUGCUAGCACGCUUGUACCAGCGCUUCUCGCCGCUACUCACACCGCAGGCCCGCUUUCGAAAGUCGACGACACGAAUUGCAUUGUCCUCUGGCACAGUCUAUGCGUCAUGCUCUUGUCAGAUUUUCGCAUGUUUGAGUUGGCAGCCGGUCGCCACGGCGCUGCUCCUGCGACUGGUGCGUUGGAGAAUAUUUCCCAAUGGAGCCAAACGCAAGCGGCGCGCAGGGCGUGCGUACACGCAGCACAGACGUUCAAACUCAUGUCUGAGCGCCGAGUCAGUGACAACGUGACGAUUCAUAGCGUAACAGCACUCUUCGCCUCGGCACUCGUGCUCGGCCUCUACCUCUUCAUGGUGAACCCGAGCUCCGGUCGGCAGGGCACCGCGCCCGUCGAGCUCAUGGACGCGGACCCGGACUGGGCCGAGUUGGGAGACAUGGGUUUCAAAGACGAAAGCCUGGACCCAACAUCCGCCGAACGAAAUCUCACCACCAAUCGCGAGGACGAGCACUUCAGUCUGGUGUAUCAAUUCGUCAAAUAUGGCGGCGCCCUGUCCCUGGGCGGGGUGGCACAUAGUGGCGGAUACGAAGGUGCCAGGCGGGUGCUGUUGGACUUUGCAAACCUGAUGGACGGCAUCAGUGGGAGGAGGCUGAGGACGUUUACGCAGGUGCUGCAUAUCAUGAGCGACGAUCUGAUGAAUGUGGAUCCGGCAUUGUAG